CAAUGGAUCUGCGAGCCUGUGCCCUGGGUUAGUGUGGUACUUGGAAGACAGCACAAGGUGGAUCUGUACUCUGAAAUGCAGACAUUUUGAUGUUGGAAUUCAUCUUCCUUGUUGCAAGAAAGGAUUCUAAUAACUCGGUGUCAAAGGCAUAGACUCAACCUCUUCUCUUCUGAAAGCUUCGCGUUACAACAUGGAAGCCAUUGCCAAGUUUGAUUUCAUGGCCUCAGGAGAGGAUGAACUGAGCUUUCACGCUGGAGAUGUUCUGAAGAUCUUAAGUAACCAAGAGGAGUGGUUCAAGGCGGAGCUUAGGAGCCAAGAAGGAUACGUGCCCAAGAAUUUUAUAGACAUCAAGUUUCCUGAGUGGUUUCACGAAGGCCUCUCACGACACCAGGCAGAGAGCUUGCUGAUGGGCAAGGAGGUUGGUUGCUUCAUCAUCCGGGCCAGCCAGAGCUCCCCAGGGGACUUCUCCAUAUCUGUCAGGCAUGAGGGUGAUGUUCAGCACUUCAAAGUCAUGAAAGACAACAAGGGUAAUUACUUCCUGUGGACAGAGAAGUUUCCAUCCCUCAACAAGCUGGUGGACUACUACAGGACGACUUCCAUCUCCAAACAGAAGCAGAUCUUUCUGAGGGAUAGGACCUGGGAGGAACAGGGUCAGCGGGGCAACAGCCUGGACCGGAGGUCCCAGGGAGGCCCACCCCUGAGUGGGACUGCGGGAGAAGAAAUCCGGCCUUCGAUGAACCGGAAGCUGUCGGAUCACCCCCCGCCCCCUCCCUCGCAGUAUCCCCCCGCACCACUGCCACCACAGCAGCGGUACCUGCAGCAGCAGCAGCCUUUUCAUCAGGAACGCCGUGGAGGCAGCCUGGACAUAAACGACGGGCACUGUGGCAUGGGCAACAGCAGCGAAAUGAAUGCCGCCCUCAUGCAACGGAGACACACAGACCCCGUGCAACUCCAAGCAGCCGGGCAGCGAGUGCGGUGGGCCCGGGCGCUGUACGACUUUGAGGCUCUCGAAGAUGAUGAGCUGGGAUUCCACUGCGGAGAGGUGGUUGAGGUCCUGGACAGCUCCAACCCAUCCUGGUGGACUGGCCGCCUGCACAACAAGCUGGGCCUCUUCCCUGCCAACUACGUGGCACCCAUGACCCGGUGAGGCCCUUCUGGAGGGCUCGGAAGCUUUGGUCUGAAGCUGCCUGCAAGUGAUGGAACAAGGAAGAAACUCUGGAAGUACACACACAUAUAUAUACGCGUGUAUAUGUACAUAUGCACACACGUAUAUAUGCCUACGUAUCUACACACUUAUAAUAGUAAUUUAUUGGCAAGUUCGUUGGUUACUUAGUUGAUAUGAAAGGAGCUCAGGUGGAGAAUUCUAUUCAUACUUAUCUUUCUGCUCCCCUCAGCGGGUGUGCAGAAGGCAGGGGGGGCGCUGGGAAGUGGGAGGCAGGGAAAUGACACCGACAUGCCUCCUGCCCUUAGGCCGGCACAGCUUCCUCCUCGUCUUGGGAAUUCUGACUGAGAGGACCUAAGCGGGAUCCACACCUGGUGCUGGACGCAGAAAAGCAGGGUGGGGUUGGACUUGGCGGGGCAUGUCCUCCUUUACCUGCAUAUCUGGCUCCCUGCCCCCUCCGAGGGUGUGCGGGGCUGCUGCCCCCCUCUCCCCACGGGGUGGGCAC